AAUAGGUGGAUAAGCUUGAAGUUGCGAACCGGUUGGACCGGUAAAAGUUGGUUUAGGGCAAAGUCGGAAAGCCGGCAAUAUAUAAAGACGGAAAAUAGGAAGGAAAACGGUUAGGGCGUAAACGAAGAAACGAAGCCGAAGAAGAGGGCUCUUCUUUCGUGGAGAAGAAUUAUUACUCACUAAUCUUAUCUUCCUUAUUCUUUUAACCAAGAUGGAUCGGUACCAGAAAGUGGAGAAGCCAAGGGUUGAGACACCCAUUGAUGCGAAUGAGAUUCGGAUUACUAGCCAGGGAAGGAUGCGAAGCUAUAUUACUUAUGCUAUGACCUUGCUUCAGGAGAAAGAAUCAGACGAGAUUGUGUUCAAGGCAAUGGGCAGGGCAAUCAACAAGACAGUGACAAUUGUGGAAUUGAUUAAGAGGAGAAUUGUUGGUCUUCACCAAGUAACGUCUAUUACAUCCACUGAUAUUACUGAUACAUGGGAACCCCUUGAAGAAGGCCUCCUGCCUCUCGAGACCACCAGGCAUGUCUCAAUGAUCACAAUUUCUCUCUCUAAGAAGGAACUGGAUAAGAAUGCUGUGGGGUACCAACCGCCACUGCCAGCAGACCAGGUGAAAGUGUCAACAGAUUUUGACUACGAUGGAGAAGGAUCUCCUAGUGGUGGACGAAGAGGCCGGGGUGGUAGAGGCAGGGGAAGGUCCAGAGGUUUUGCUGGAAAUGGUUUUAUGCCGGCCGAGUAUGAUGAUGGUGGUUAUGAUCGCAACCGGAGCUAUGGUAGGGGUAGGGGUCGAGGCAGGGGUCGUAGCUUCCGUGGCCGUGGAAGGGGAGGGUACAAUGGUCCACAGGAUGUCCAGCUAGAUGCUGGCUUUUACAAUCAAGAAGCCGCCCCCAUGCAACAGGGUCGAGAGUUGCAUUUUAUGUGGAUUGCCUCAUGCUGGGAACAGCUAUGAACAGUUCAUUGGAUUUGGAAAUCCAUGCUGGAAUGGUUUAUGCCAUGCAUGCCUUUGAGCUCCUUUGGUUUCACGAUUGAGAAGAUGCAUGUUUCUCGACAGCUUAAGCUAAGAUUUUGAUUUUGUUGUAGGCCGUGGCCGUGGAAGGGGAACUCGUGGCAGGGGACGUGGAUUCAGAUCCAAUGGGCCGAUCCAUGGCGGUGGUGCUUAAAUGGUCAAAGCUUGAAGAAUACAAAGAUUAUGUGCUAUGAGUGCCUGCUCCAUGUUCUAUGUUUUUCAUUCGUCAGUUACUCCGUGUUAACAGUAGGUUAUCUAUCUGUAAACAGAGUAGACUAAUUAUAGAUUUCAUGACCGCCCGUAUGUGGUGAGUUUUUUUUUCUUUGUUUUUUUCAUGAUAUCCUCUUAUCUUCAUUCUACUGCUUGAUUAGGUGGUUGAUCAAGUGUAAUUUUCGUUAGUGAGCAGCACAUUCUUUGAUUUGUCCUUCUUUGUUGACAUUGUUCGUAAAUGUGCCUUGGUUUUAGUUGGCA